AUGGAUCGGGAUCUCGGCUCGCACAAGAACCGCGUUCCGAAGUGCUUGAGGCUGAUGGCGGACUCUAAGGGCACGCCCACACCAGGAUCUGACGAAGUUGUGGUGAUUGGUGUGAAGAGGAAGCGCACCGACGAGCCCAUCCCGACGCUCUUCAUCGCUCCGCCCAGCAAGCGCCGCCACGCCGGCCACCCCGCACCUCAGCCCUUCCGCUUCGUCACGUCCGUGUCGACGAACGACUUCCGCACGAACCGCGAUGACAUCCUAUCGAAGCUGUCGAAGCAGUCCAGGGUCUCCCUCAGAGGCGAGGCGGAGAGGAUAGGCCUGUCUGGCAAGGAUGGAUCAGCAUCGGCCAACCGCAUGCGUGACCAGAGCUACCGCCGGCUGCUGAUGGAGAGGCUAAGUCAGCUGUCGCGCUUGCGGGAGGUGGGUCGGCAUCGCGGCCUGGGGAUGCCUGACGGCACCCACGUGAGCCUGAUAGAGGUGGUGGGCAAGCAGGAGAUGACCGCCCCGUGCCCAUCUGACGAGCAAGACCCGCCCCAAGAGGACCGAUGCGAGGAUGAGGAGACCGUUCGACAGCGGCUGGAGGGGUUGCUGGGCUCGGCUGAGGGCGGCCAGGAAGCGAUUGAUGACGACUUUGACCUGUAUGUCAUGGAUCGGUCAUCGUAUGGUGGAGGGUCAUCGUACGACGACCCCAUCGAGUCGCUCAUGGUGGAUGGCGAUAGCACGGCGGCGGCCGACAGGUGUGCGCUGGUGGAGCUGGAGGACGGCGGGUAUAGCAUUUUCGACUACGGAGAGCUGGGCGAGACGAGCGACGACGACCCUGAAGACGGUGAGCAUCCACUCGCCCCAACACACACACAGCGGCACUUGUAUGACGUGUGUCGUGGGUCCGUGCCUGUGUCAGAGGAUGGGAAGGAGAUCGAUUACCCGGACGAGCCGAUGGGCGAGGAGGAUGGCGUCGGUUCACAGGACAGCUGGCCGGAUGACGAUGACGUCGGUGUGCCGCGAGACAACCUCUCCGACGACUGGUCCGACGAGGGGGAGCAGAAAGACCGCAGCUACCACUUCAAUGUCGGGGACGUCAUGAAGCAGCGACUGGAGCAACUGAGGCCCUCACACGAAGCCAUCAAGUGAGUGCGUAACCAGCACACACACACACAUACAUACAUUAGUGGCGUAGUGGCGUUCUGGCUUCCUUCAUACAUACAUUAGUGGCGUUCUGGCUUCCUUCAUUCUGUCCUGGUGUGACCAACCGACACACAGGAUGGCCACGACGUCCCCUGCACCACCACCAUCACCACCAGCAGCCGAUGGUUCAGAGCGUGAGAUGACCGACCAGGAGGUGUUCCUGCUGGGCGCCCGCAAGUACUGGGCCAGCCUGCAGGAUCCGCCCCGCACCUCCUUCUAUCCCGGCAAGAGGAACACGGCCCCAACAGCCGACGAGCCAAUGGACAAGCUCCCGCCCGACCUGCGAGGCAGCGGUGACGAGGGCAAGAGCAGCAACGAUGAGAUCAGCAGCGGCAGCGGUGAUGACGAGCCACUCACCCAUCCCGGGUUCAUCAGAAGGAGGUCAGAGCACGAGGUGUGGCGGGAUGAGGCGGAGGUCCCGCAGCCGACCCAGGCUCAUGUGCGCCGAAUGGUGAAGCAGAAGAUGGGCAGUGGCGGUGCGGCAAAGGGAUCGGCUGACGGCAAGUCGGGUAGCUUCAUGGAGAGGCUGCGUGCGCUGCAGGAGGCGGAGGACGAGUGGGAGAAGGGCAAGGGCAGGGCGGGAGGCAGGGUGGUGCGUUUCGACAAGAGACAGGGGGCGCGUUAAACGAGGGAUUUCCUGUGGUUGACUGCUGGGUCCUCUGUGGGUGCAUGUCUGCGGUUUGGGUGGUGGGUUCAUGCAUUGACUCAAGGGUAC